UAUCUCUCUUAUUGCUUUCUCCAUUUCUUCACACCUAAUAUCUAACACUUGGCUACUCUCUUUUUUUCUUCUUCUUCUUCUUCUAAGAAAAACUGUGUUUUUUGGUUGUAUUUCUCUAGCCAGUGCACCCUACAGCCAGGCUCACACUUUGAGAGAAAACUCUAGGGAUCGAUGUCUAGCAGAAGGUCGAGGCAGUCGGGGGCUUCGAGGAUCACAGAUGACCAAAUCAUCGAACUCGUUUCCAAGCUACGCCAACUUGUUCCUGAGAUUCGCAAUAGGCGCUCUGACAAGGUGCCUGCUUCCAAGGUACUUCAAGAGACCUGCAACUACAUCAGAAGCUUGCACAGAGAGGUGGAUGAUCUGAGCGAGCGCCUCUCUCAGCUUUUGGCUACAAUUGAUGCUGAUAGCGCUGAGGCUUCUAUUAUUAGGAGUUUAAUUUCCCAAUAAAUAACCUCCCUUUAUCUAUUUUAUCAAUCUCUCUCUCUAUCUCUCUCUAUAUAUAUAUAUAUAUAGUUGUGCUUUUAUCUAGGCUUUGAUCACUAGAUCGAACAGAGGGUAGUGUCUUUUUAGAUUUGCGGUGUGGAUAGCCUCUGUAUAAGUUGUACAAUAAAGGGACUUUGCAGUAGCAAAUGCCUCUUUCUUAUAUAUACUCAUUGUACUUCUUUUAUGGGAUUUCAGUUAGCUUAUAAGCUAUGACUUCGUUAACAAAUAAC